AUGAUGCAGAGAAAGUUACCAAGACUACCUGGAGCUGAAGUAAUAAACAGUUCUGACAUAUAGAAAUUUCCCAUAGAUGGCGCUGUUUGCCCUGAAGAUUUUUUGGCUUGACCAAACCAUAUGGUACUGUCGAACCAAAAAAUUUCCCCAGUGGGCAAAUCAAGGGCAAACAGUGCCAUCUAUGGGAAAUUUCUAUAACACCUGAAGAUCUUGGAAGAGGCGAGUAUCUAUUACCUCUAUUUAAUGUUCUAAAUACUUCUUAUUCUUAGCUUUAUACUAUUUCUUAUCGAAAAUAGGUAUACACUUCAACCUCAAAAUUUUAUUUAAACUCAUAUGAAUAUAUGGAAAAUAAAGAAAGGCAUGACUCCUCCGAUAUGGGCUGCAGUUUUUGCAAUUCCUUUUGCAUUUAUUCCCUUAAGUCAAAAAUACCUUUGGACAGGCUCAGGAUCCCUCUUAAAGAAAAAUUUAUUCCAAGCAAUGUCUUCUUUUGGUGGAUGUGCAUCCCCAUUAAUUUCAUUUAUUUUGGGUUCAAAUUUAAGCUAUGGAUACCCUAUAACUGCUGAUAUUAGCAGGUAA